CCUGCUCUCUGGUUUCUCCCUACAAUACUCCAGUGACUGAAUCUUCAAAACUGUUGACCAUUUUCCCAAAUCUGAACUCUAUUCCAUCAUCCUCCAACUUGGGGAUUGUUUUAGGAUUAGGGAAAUUCCAAACCCUCUCUCCCCCUCAACUUCUUUACCUUUCCCCUUCUCUUAAAUAAACCCCCUUACUUAAACUUAGAAAAGGCUUUGUUUGAUAUAUCAUGAUACUCACUUUGAGCUGAUUUCAGUGCUACCAACAGAAGAAUCAACUAAGGUGGGGAAGGGAGGAGGGAGGAAGGACAGGGAGAAAAGAGGGAAGAGGCUGCAAAUUGGCAUAUCUGGUCUUGAAAUUAUGAUCUCCUUCUUAAAAUAAUCUCCUAAUAUAAUUCUCCUUCAGCUUCAACAAUCAUAAGAAUACCAGGAAAGAGAUAGGCAGUAAAAAUAAGAAACAUAAAGAAUUAAGCCUGGAAAAGAAUCUUUCCAACUAGGUAUUUUUAAUGUGAUGUUAAAUUUCAAUGGGUUCUUCUUCUGGGUUAAGAUGGCCACAGAUAAGAGGCAGGGCUCUUCUCCUCUUCACCAAUCGAUAAAGGGUUCCUCCCAAGGACAAAAACCAAGACCAAAUGAGCAAAGAGCCUCCACAAUAGGGUAAAGCACCGAAGGUAGGCAACAUUUGGGUAUUUCCGUGCUAAAAGUGGGCAAAAUUAAUCCCACUAAAGGGCGAGUUCAUCACCACACCCCCCACUCUACCUACAGUGCCAUAGGUGGAGCAAGCAAGGGGCAACCUCUAGGUUCUUGGGGUGGGGUGAGCGAACCACAAACAUACCUCUAAGAGCAGUGAGACUAGGGACCCCAGGAGGCUGAGGAGAGAGCAGAGCUUGGACACAGAGACAGAAAAGGGCAGCACACAGCAGAUGCUGCUGUGGAGAUUCAAAAAAUAACCUCAGGGCAAAAACCUCUCUGGAGCUCAAUACAGAGACUUGCCUACCCUCCACACUCAGACUUCUGCAGGCAAUCUCUAGGUUCUCAGGGGCUGGCUGAGGCCACCACAAAAUUACCUCUAAGAGCAGUGAGACUAGGGACCCCAGGAGGCUGAGGAGAGAGCAGAGCUUGGACACAGAGACAGAAAAGGGCAGCACACAGCAGAUGCUGCUGUGGAGAUUCAAAAAAUAACCUCAGGGCAAAAACCUCUCUGGAGCUCAAUACAGAGACUUGCCUACCCUCCACACUCAGACUUCUGCAGGCAAUCUCUAGGUUCUCAGGGGCUGGCUGAGGCCACCACAAAAUUACCCCUAAGGGCAGCAAGGCUCGGGACCCCAGGAAACUGAGGAACACAGAGUUUGGGCGCAGAGAUGGAGAAGGGUGGCACACAGCAGAUGUUGCUGCAGCGACUCAAAAAAUAGUCUCAGGACAAAAACCUCUCUAAAAGUCAAUACAAAGAUUUCCUCCUUCAGACUUUUGACCAGGAAGGAACAAAGCAAUGGCCACUAAACUCCCAAGAACUAUAAUACACCAUUACCAAAAAAAAAAAAAAAGACCCGUACCCCUCGAUAAUUUUUAUAUAGAAAGACUCCAGAGUAAAGAGGAGACAGCAGAGGAUGACCAACAAGAAAACACAUUCAAACCUCAAAAAAAAAUGGAUAUUGGUGACAAGCUCUUGAAGAGUUCAAGUCUGAGAUUAUGAGAAACAUAGAAGAGGCUUGACAAGAAAAGUGGGAAAGAGUUAAAAAAGAAAAGAGUUUAAAAGACAAAAUUUCCCACUUGGAAAAAGAAACCCAGAAAUGAAAUGAAAUUAUAAGCAAUUUGAAGACCAGAAAUGACCUGCUGGGUGCCAUUAUAAGCAGGCUAGAUCAAACCAAAAAGGAAAACCAAAAGAUCUUAGCUAAAAACUAGAAUUGGGCACAUAGAAGGCAAUGAUCUCACAAGAUAGCAAGAAUUAAUAAAGUAAAGAGAAUGACAAAAUAGAAGGAAACAUGAAAUAUCUCACUGAGAAAAUGACUAAUCUGAAAAACCAAUCUAUAAGAGAUAAUUUGAGAAAAAUAGGCCUACCUAAAAACCUGGAAACAAACAGAAACCUUUACAUCAUGCUAUAAGAAAUUAUCCAAGAAAACUGCCCUGAGGUUCUUCAACAAGAGGGCAAAAUAUACAUUGAAAGAGUCCAAAAAUCACCCUCUAUAUUAAACCCUCAAAAGACACACCCCAGGAAUGUAAUUGCAAAAUUCAAGAGCUUCCAAGCUAAUGAGAAAAUAUUACAAGAAGCCAGAAAGAGACAACUUAGAUAUCAAGGAGCACCAAUCAGGAUUAUACAAGAUCUGGUAACCUUCACACUAAAGGACUUCAAGGCUUGGAAUAUGAUAUUCAGAAAGGUUAAGAGAAUUGGGUCUACAACUGAAGAUCACCUACCCAUCAAAAUUGACUUCAUACUUCAUACUUCUAGGGGAAAGUAUGGGCAUUCAACAAAACAGAAGACUUCCAAGUAUUUGUAAAGAAAAGACCAGAACUAAACAGAAAGUCUGAUAUCCAAACACAAAAAUUAAGAGAAAUGUGAAAAGAACUACACUCAGUAUAUUCCACUGUCCAUAUAUGAUCUGCAGACUUGGAUGGGAAGCCCUUCCAUUUUCGUCUAUGAUUGCUCAAAUGCUGGCCUUAUCGUCAAGUCCUUCAAACAAUUUGCACUACAGAGGGAGCAAGAGUUAGAGGUAGCUGCAAUUAACCCAAGUCAUCCACUUGCCCAGAUGCCUUUGCCCCCAUCAAUGAAAAACUGCAUUCAGCUAGCAGCAUGUGAAGCGAAUGAACUCCUACCUAUGAUCCCUGACCUUCCAGCUGACCUUUUCACAUCAUGCCUUACAACACCUAUCAAAAUUGCGCUCAGAUGGUUUUGCAUGCAGAAGUGUGUCAGUCUGGUGCCUGGAGUCACAUUGGAUUUGAUAGAGAAGAUUCCUGGCAGACUUAAUGACAGGAGGACUCCUUUGGGAGAACUGAAUUGGAUCUUCACAGCAAUCACAGAUACCAUUGCUUGGAAUGUGCUGCCCAGGGAUCUCUUCCAAAAGCUUUUCAGACAGGAUCUCUUGGUGGCAAGUCUAUUUCGUAACUUUCUAUUGGCAGAAAGGAUCAUGAGAUCAUAUAACUGUACCCCAGUCAGCAGUCCACGCCUACCUCCUACCUAUAUGCAUGCAAUGUGGCAAGCUUGGGACCUAGCAGUUGAUAUUUGCCUCUCCCAAUUGCCAACCAUUAUAGAGGAAGGAACUGCAUUUAGGCACAGCCCAUUCUUUGCUGAGCAAUUGACAGCAUUCCAGGUGUGGCUCACAAUGGGUGUUGAGAACAGGAAUCCACCAGAACAACUUCCCAUAGUCUUGCAGGUGCUGUUAAGCCAAGUUCAUCGGUUGAGAGCUCUCGACUUACUGGGAAGGUUUUUAGACUUGGGCCCCUGGGCAGUGAGCCUGGCUUUGUCAGUUGGCAUCUUCCCUUAUGUACUAAAACUGCUUCAGAGUUCAGCCAGAGAGCUGAGACCACUUCUUGUUUUCAUAUGGGCUAAAAUUCUAGCUGUGGACAGUUCAUGCCAAGCUGAUCUCGUGAAGGACAACGGUCACAAAUAUUUCCUCUCUGUCUUAGCAGACCCUUACAUGCCAGCUGAGCAUAGAACCAUGACAGCUUUCAUUCUGGCUGUGAUUGUCAACAGCUAUAACACAGGACAGGAAGCCUGUCUUCAAGGCAACCUGAUUGCCAUUUGUCUAGAGCAACUGAAUGACCCACACCCUCUGCUACGCCAAUGGGUAGCCAUCUGCUUGGGACGGAUUUGGCAGAAUUUUGAUUCAGCAAGGUGGUGUGGUGUAAGAGACAGUGCCCAUGAGAAACUCUACAGUCUUCUCUCUGAUCCAAUUCCUGAGGUUCGUUGUGCUGCAGUCUUUGCCCUCGGCACUUUUGUGGGUAACUCUACAGAGAGGACUGAUCACUCUACCACCAUUGAUCACAAUGUGGCUAUGAUGUUGGCUCAGCUUAUCAAUGAUGGAAGCCCUAUGGUUAGGAAGGAACUGGUGGUAGCUCUGAGUCAUCUUGUGGUUCAAUAUGAGAGCAAUUUCUGCACAGUAGCCUUGCAAUUCAUUGAAGAAGAAAAGAACUACCCUUUGCCUUCUCCAGCUGCCACAGAGGGAGGCAGUUUGACACCUGUGCGAGAUGGUCCAUGUACACCUAGACUUCGCUCAGUCAGCUCCUAUGGAAAUAUUAGAGCAGUUACUACAGCAAGAAGUUUGAACAAGUCUUUGCAGAAUCUGAGCUUGACAGAAGAAUCUGGAGGUUCUGUUGCAUUUUCCCCAGGCAAUCUCAGCACUAGUAGUAGUGCAAGCAGCACCUUGGGCAGCCCUGAAAACGAAGAGUACAUCCUUUCAUUUGAGACAAUUGAUAAGAUGAGAAGAGUCAGCUCUUAUUCCUCUCUGAACUCACUCAUAGGAGUUUCCUUCAAUAGCGUUUACACACAAAUUUGGAGAGUCCUUCUACAUCUUGCAGCUGACCCAUAUCCAGAUGUUUCAGAUUUGGCUAUGAAAGUACUCAACAGCAUUGCCUAUAAGGCAACUGUCAAUGCCCGUCCCCAGCGCAUCCUUGACACAUCUUCCCUUACUCAGUCUGCUCCUGCUAGUCCAACCAACAAAGGCAUGCACAUUCACCAAGUUGGAGGCUCUCCUCCAACAUCAAGUACCAGCAGCUCCAGCCUGACCAAUGAUGUGACUAAGCAGCCAGGCAGUCGGGACAUCCCAUCAGGCAGACCAGCUAAUGUGGGCACCAUGGGUGUGCAGUAUACACCUCACUCCCACCAGUUCCCCAGGACUCGUAAAAUGUUUGAUAAAGGCCCAGACCAGACCACUGAUGAUGCAGAUGACACUGUUGGGCACAAAAGUUUCAUUUCGGCCACAAUGCAGACAGGAUUCUGUGACUGGAGCGCCAAGUAUUUUGCCCAACCAGUAAUGAAGAUCCCAGAAGAACAUGACUUAGAAAGCCAAAUCCGAAAAGAGCGGGAAUGGAGAUUUCUACGAAACACACGUGUGAGAAAGCAAGCACAGCAGAUCAUCCAGAAGGGUAUAACAAGACUAGAUGAUCAAAUCUUCCUUAAUAGGAACCCUGGUGUUCCCUCAGUGGUCAAAUUCCAUCCCUUCACCCCAUGCAUAGCUGUAGCUGAUAAAGACAGCAUUUGUUUUUGGGACUGGGAAAAGGGGGAGAAGUUGGACUACUUCCACAAUGGAAAUCCUCGCUACACCAGAGUCACUGCCAUGGAAUAUCUGAAUGGCCAGGAUUGUUCAUUGCUGUUGACAGCCACAGAUGAUGGUGCCAUCAGGGUGUGGAAGAAUUUUGCAGAUGUGGAAAAGAACCCUGAGAUGGUGACUGCCUGGCAGGGACUUUCAGACAUGCUACCAACAACAAGAGGAGCAGGGAUGGUGGUGGACUGGGAACAAGAGACUGGUCUUCUCAUGACCUCAGGAGAUGUGCGAAUUAUCCGAAUCUGGGACACAGAUAGAGAGAUGAAAGUGCAGGAUAUACCCACGGGUGCAGACAGCUGUGUGACAAGCCUCUCCUGCGACUCUCACCGUUCACUCAUUGUGGCUGGACUUGGUGAUGGUUCCAUUCGGGUCUAUGAUAGAAGAAUGGCACUCAGUGAAUGCCGAGUUAUGACCUACCGUGAGCACACUGCCUGGGUGGUGAAAGCACACCUCCAGAAACAUCCCGAGGGCCACAUUAUGAGUGUCAGCGUAAAUGGAGAUGUACGUUUCUUCGACCCCCGAAUGCCUGAGUCUUUAAAUGUCCUCCAAAUAGUGAAAGGACUAACGGCCCUCGACAUUCAUCCACAAGCAAAUUUGUUUGCAUGUGGUUCAAUGAAUCAGUUCACUGCAAUCUACAAUGGGAAUGGAGAGCUGAUUAACAACAUCAAAUACUAUGAUGGGUUUAUGGGCCAAAGAGUCGGAGCCAUCAGCUGUUUGGCUUUUCACCCACACUGGCCUCAUUUGGCGGUUGGAAGCAAUGACUACUACAUCUCCGUGUACUCCGUGGAGAAGCGCAUCAGAUAACAGGAGGCUGCAGCCUCCCCAGAGACCGGGAAGUCCCUGCCUGGCAGGGCUGUAUCUCUCCUGUCGUGUACAUAGUGAAAUGAUCGACUUGAAUGUUUAGUGUUGGCUGCUGCUGCAACCUGUAACUUGAACAUUUUUUUCUUCUGACUUAGCUACUGAUGAUAUGAGGAGAGACAGUUGCCUGCUUUCUUUUGGUUUUGCUAUAAUGUCUAGAAAGUACAGGAAAGGAAGGAGAUUUUUGUUCUUUUUGUUUUUGAUGGUUGCUUCUCUGCUAAAAACACAACUUCCAGGCUCAAAGGACUUGAACAAACCACACCUGUUUUGUUUUUGUUACCAUUUUGGUUAAGGUUUUUUGUUGUAGUGUUUGAGUUUUUUGGGGGGGGGGGGAGGAUCCCAUUCAUUUUGUGUAUUUUUAUUUCGCCAGAAUCUUAGCUAGCAAAAUAGCCAAAAGACUGAAGUCCAGAUGGUCCAGGGGCUGAAGUGCUCCAAAGAACAAGCAUGUCCCCCAUCUAUCUCUGCAGAUAGUAAUGCCUCAUCUGGCCAUCCAUAGAAUGAACCCCAGACGCUAGGCACUUCUGAUUAAGCAAAGGGAGCCUGAGCCAUCCGUGUAGCUUGUCCCUAUUUCUCUCCCUUUUUACAGAGUCAGGAAUGUGCUCACUCUUACCAAGAAUAUUUAAGGGUAGGAGGUGGGAAAGAUCAAGAAAAGGAUAGACUGGAAGCCUCCUACUUGAACUGUGCGUAUGAAUGGGAACCCCAAGCAUAGCAAUCCUAAGGGAAGCAAAUGGGGGUGAUGAGUGAUCUACCUACUUUCCCUUGAUAGUGGGAAGAUCUUUCUGUCACCCUUCUCUCUUAUUUAUCAAGUUCAGUUUUGGUUUUUAAGCUGUUCUUCCUCACACAAACAAAUCCCAUCAGCACAAGGUGCUUUACUGGCUCUGGACAGAUGACAGAACCCCUUGGUUGUUAUAGCUGCUGCCUUAAACCACUGGGUUUCAUUUCUUACAGAAGUGCUAAUAUUCAGAUUACUGGCAGCCUCGGUAAUUAUAUGCCCAGGAGCAUGCCUAUCAGCUUGUGUACCACAUGUGCAUGCUUAUGUGUACAGGAUUAGAAGAGCAACUGUACUGAGUCACAGUGGGUCAAUGAUGGGUUAUUUUUUCCAGGACAAUACAUUCCCUUGUUCCUGGUCCUUUCCUCCCAUAUCCUGGUAUAACUAAGAUAUGCAUCUUGCAGUCUGUAAUGCAAAAGAGACUUCCCUGGUAAAUGCUUUAGGGUAUGGGUGUGUAGGGGUGUGUGUAUAUGUGUGUGUGAGAAUGGUUUGUGCUCAGCCUGAGAGAGAGAUACAGGAGGUAUAAAGAUAAUUUUUCCCCUGUUAGGUGCCAGAAGAAUGUAAUCUUAAGCAGUGUUUGAGAACAAAAAAAUGGCAUUUGCCAAACUUAACCACAAUGAUGAUAUU